UUUUGGUGGAGAAAGGAAAAAAACGGAGUGAUCGAUCUAGAUUUAGAAAGAAGGAGAACUGGGUUUGUUUUGGGUUGCUUGGGGGAAUUUGACUUACCCACAUCGGUGGUGAUAGUCGGUAAUUUAGAAAGAAGGAGAAUUAGGGCCUGUCGCUGUUAAUUUGGAUCAGAAGGUCGGUUUUGACGAGAAAGAAAGAGAGAGAAAGGUUGUUUGAAGAGAGAGAGAGAGAGGAGAGGAUUUGGUUUCGAUAGUACCGAAUUUGUGGCUUGGCAAGAGUUUGUGUAUUAACAUUGACUUCAAGAGGUUUCCAUUUGAACAGGGUAUGAAGUUAGAUAUGUACUCCCUUUCUUUUGUUUAACUUCAGUUCAGUUGGUUGACUAGAAAGCCCGUAGACUCUACUUAGAAUUUGAACCAAACCCACAGCAUCGCGCGGGAGAGGUUGCUAGUAUAUAACAAGAGAUAGUCCUUGACAGUAACAAUACCAUCCCAAAUUAUUUCAAUUCAGCCUCCUCACUCAUCCUCCUACAAUCAAACAAACAUGGAACUGAGCAAACCUCAAUUCGGAGCCUCUUCCUCUUCAUCGUCUUCUUCCACCCAUUUGUUCACACACGAUGUCUUUCUGAGCUUCAGAGGUGCGGAUACGCGCAACAAUUUCACAGGCCAUUUGUACAGCAAUUUGGUUAACAAGGGAAUUAAGACCUUCAUGGAUAAUGACCUUACAAGAGGAGAAAAUAUAAGAAAGGAGCUUCUCGAUGUAAUUGAAGGAUCAAGGAUUUCCAUUGUUGUAUUUUCUGCGAACUAUGCAUCUUCGAAGUGGUGCUUGGAUGAACUUGUCAAGAUCUUUCAAUGUAAAGAAUCCAAGCAACAAAUUGUUUAUCCAAUUUUCUACCAGGUAGAUCCUUUGAAGAUACGAUACCAGAAGGGCCAGGUUGGUGAUGCAAUUGCUCACCUUAGCAAAUACAAGGAUAACUCAGAGAAGGUGGAGUGUUGGAAGGCAGCUCUUACACAAGCCGCAACUUUGUUUGGGUGGCACAUCUCGUAUGGAGGGCAUGAAGCGAAUGUUAUUGAUGAAAUUGUUAAAGAGAUAGCAACCAAAAUAAUGAAAUGCACCCGUUUAGAUGUGGCAUCAUAUCCUGUUGGAAUAGAAUCUCGUGUAGAAGAUAUACUUAAACUCUUAAAUAUUGGGGAGGACGAUCCUCACAUGAUAGGGAUAUGGGGAAUUGGUGGAAUGGGAAAGACAACACUUGCAAAAGCUGUUUACAAUUCAAUUAGCCAUAAGUUUGAACAUAGCUGCUUCCUGACAAAUGUUAGAGAAGAAUCAUUUUCACAUGGAGGUCUUGUCAAGCUACAAAACAAUUUUCUUUCUAAGAUUAUAGAGAGAAAUCCACCUAAUGUGACCAAUGUGGAUGAAGGAAUCACUCAGUUGAAGCAUAAACUAAGUCAGAAAAGGGUUCUCUUAGUUCUUGAUGAUGUGGACCGCUUGUAUCAGUUAAAAAAACUUGCUGGAGGGUGUGAUUGGUUUGGUCCAGGAAGUAGAAUUAUCAUAACAACAAGAGAUACGAAUUGCCUAAAGGCUCAUACAGUCAAUCGAAUAUAUGAGGUCAAGGAAUUAAAUCAUCAUGAAGCUUUAGAGCUCUUCAAUUUCAAUGCCUUCAAAGGAAAUAAAUGUAUGGAUGGUUUCUUUGAACUUGCAACUGAUGUAAUACAUUAUGCGAAAGGGAUUCCGUUAGUUUUGGAAGUUUUGGGGUCAGAUCUAUGUAGUAAAGAUAAGGAUGAGUGGAAAGAUGCAUUAGAGUAUUACAACAAAUAUCCUAGUCAACAGGUUCAGCAAACUCUCAAAAGAAGUUACGAGGGAUUGGAGGAUCGGAUAAAAGAAGUUUUUCUUCAUAUUGCAUGUUUCUUUAAAGGUGAUAAAGAAGGCUAUGUGAUCCAUGUACUGCAAAGCUGUGACUUGAAUCCCAAGUAUGCUCUCAGAGUCCUUGUAGAAAAGGCCUUAAUAAAAAUUGAGAAAGAAAAUAGCAUUUGGAUGCAUGACCUCUUAGAAGAUAUGGGAAAAGAAAUUGUUCGGCAAGAGUCCCCUGAUGAGAUGGGACAAUGCAGUAGGUUGUGGCUCUAUGAGGAUGUUUGCAAAGUCCUUGAGGCAAACAAAGGAACAGAUAAAAUAAAAGGUAUCGUGUUAAGAGGAGGUGACCGUUCACAAAAGAUAUGGUUGAACAGCGGAAGCUUCACGAACUUGAAAAAUCUUCAAAUUUUUAAAGUCGAUUAUGGGCAUUUCGUAGAGGAAGACUUGUGUUGGCUGGGUUUUCUAGGGGAAGAUCAUGGGCUGGUUUCUGAAGAGGGAGAUUAUGGGCUGGUUUUUGAAGAGAGCGUGGAUUAUCUCCCAAACCAGUUGACUGAGUUGAGGGUCCUUGACUUUACAAAUGCCAUACUGCACAUGGGUGGGCCCGACACGAUCACUUUUUAUGAGGGAUUGAAGAAUAUGCGAUAUUUGAAAUCUAUCAAAUUGUCGCACUGUGUUGGCUUAACAAGAAUUCCCGACUUGUCUGGAUUAACAAGCUUAGAGUAUUUGGAUCUGUCUUAUUGUAAUGAUUUAGUUGAAGUUCAUCCUUCGGUUGGCCGUCUCGAUAAGCUCGUCAUUUUGAAUCUCAGCUGGUGUAGAGAGCUCCAGAUGUUUCCAGAGGGGAUCAGCUUGAAAUCUUUGGAAACUCUGGAUCUCUCUUGGUGCUGCAAUCUUAAGUUGUUCCCUGAAAUUGAGGGAGAGAUGAAGUAUUUGAGUCGCCUGGAUCUAAGUUUCACUGCCAUCUCAGAGUUACCUUGCUCAGUUGGAAAUCUCACUGGCCUUAAAUCCUUGUCUCUAAAUAGCUGCAAUAAUCUUACAAAUGUACCAUCGAGCAUUUUCUAUGGAUUGCAAUGUCUGGAAUAUCUUGAUCUACGGCGCUGCGGCCGCUGCCGCAGAUACCUUGUUACAUUUCCAACAAAGUCAGAAUCACUUCCUCCACCGGUGUUUUCAACUAACCUGACGAGAUUACAAGUUCAUCUGGACCUUUGCAAGCGGCUUAAAGAAAUUUCAGAAUUUCCGCGAGAAAUAGAUUUCUUAUCUGUGAAUGGUUGUUGGCCAUUGGAAAGAAUUUCAAAGUUGUCAAAAAUUUUGGAGGGUAAAGAUUCAAAAAUGUUCGGUUGGUUGGACUUGAGUGGCUGCCAGAGACUCUGCGACAAUCUGGCUCGUCGACUAGUAUCAGGGGUUGAAGUUGACAAGCGACUAUUUCAUCUGGCCAAGAAGAGAAAGGAGAUAACAUCAUCACCGUCUGCGGGAACCAAAGAUUUGAUGGGAGAGGCAGAGAAAUUAACGGCUCUGUUGACUCUUUUCCUCUCUUGUGCGAAAUCUGAAGAAUUCCAAGUACAGUUUCCUGCAUGUGUUCCGAUUCCAAACUGGUUCACCUGCCGUCAGGAUGUUGUGAAUAGGGAUCUGAAUUGGGAUGUGAUAAAAAAAGAGCAUGAGUUUUGCAUUGAAAUUCCUCAGAACUCCAAUCGGGACAACAAGGGGUUGGCUUUCUGUAUUCAAUCGUCUUCUGAUUACCUCACUCAUUUUGUUUACAUCAAUGGAAUAAAGUUUGAUGAGAAACCCAUGGAUAUGGGUAAAGUGUGGGUGCAUUAUAUUCCAUUAAUUACAGUAAUAAGGAGGUUGAGUGAGUGUGGGAUUCCGCCACCUGAUAUGUUUCGAGUUAUGUUUUGUUUUGAAACUUCUUAUAUUGCAUGGAAAACGCUUGAGGGGGAAAGCUGGGGAGUCCACCUGAUCGAAGAUUUGGAAGGAGAAGGCCGAUGAUAGCCAGCUGACUUGCAGUAUAUGCUGAUUCUGCUGCCACUGAGGAUGACAUUGACACACCCAAGGUACAAAACACUUACCUUGGAAAAAGUACUCCUUUGAAAACAUGAUGCUCGAUCAUCAUCAUACAAUGUUAAGGAGUUCAAUCUAGAGGAAAUGAUUGAGUGAGUCUUUGGAAUCAAACCUGUAGAGCAUGAUCAGUGGACUUGAUAAGACCUACACCGAGGGUCUAUAUGUCUGAAUUCCUUGUCUGUUACAGAGCAGUAAAGACACUCACAUUGAUCAAUAAUCCAAAAAUACAAGGAGAGGUAAAACUCCAUAUACAAUGUCUGUAUUAAGUUGAGUUGUGACGGAACUAGAUGCUCCAGAUAUAGCUGAGACAAUAGAGCAAGUGGAUUGUGUACUUCAUUAGCAAGGAAAGUUGGACCUACCUUGGAUUUCAUUCAUUUUACCAUGGCUAGUCAAACACACCUCAAGAGGGUUUCGGUCUCUUUGCAGCUUUGGUGGGAUAAUGAAUCCCGGUCCUCUUCUCCAGUCAAUUGUCACAAUCCCAUUCGCGAGUGUAAUGGAUUUUGUUUCACAAGUUUACUUCCAAUGUGAGUGCACAGUUGGUUCCCGGGGAGCUCAAUGAGGGACUCGGGGGAGUAAAGAGAGGAGUGGAUCCUACUCUUACUGACAGCAUCGAUAACACUAUAUCUUAUCUGCUGAGCUGCUGGUGAAUGUAGCUGGUCCCUUCAUCUGUCCGACUCGGAACUUUUAUAGGAGCUUUUGUUCUGUUUAUCUUUAAAAUAAUACUGGGAAAGAAAAAUUUGCCAACUAAAGGCAGCCUUUGUUCAGGCAGGUUGUCCAGACCUUCUGUGAAGUUCUAGAUGAAUAUUCUGAUUAAGAAGAGAAGAAAACAGCAUUUGGGCCUUCUAAGAAGAAGGCAAUA